AGUACCUGUGCUUAUAAAGGGUGAAAGGGUCUGCGCUCAAAUUUUGCAUUAGGGAGUUUCGUAAUCGUCGGCGAAUCUUUUUUUUUCUUGUUUCUAAUGCGAGCUGAAUAGCUGUACUAGCUAAAACAGUUUUGCUAGCGAUGCUCGUGAUGUUAUCCUGAAAACGUGUUGAUUGUAGUCUAAGCUUUCGGAGCAGUGUCUCACAAUUUAAGCCAACGUUCAUAGACCCACAACGUCGAUUCGAGCAUCCCACACCCCUAUCUAGCGGCGAUCACCCUCUCAAGUGUAGGAAAAAAUGUCCACCUGAAGUACAGCAAGCAAGAUUAUAGUUAUAUUUUUGUUUUGUUUUUCUUGAUUCAUUUCAGCUUUAAGAUAAAUUUCAGUGUGCCCUAUCGGCAAAUGCUUUUGUCCAAACGCGCUCUUCUGCACGAGAUUUACCGCCAGGUGAAGAAGAAAUUUCAUGCACGUGGCAUUGCUCGCGCACCUCGAGCUCUGCUCGCUCCCGACCUGCAAGAAGAACGCUGGACGCCACCAUGGCCAAGGGCCAAGUUCGUCUUUGCGACCGGCGACCGUAUUACAUUCGGCCGCCGGCCAAAGAACGAGGCUCCGCCAGACCGAGACAUGCCCGCAGUUCAACCAGCAGCAGGCAAAGGCCCAAGUUUGUCUUUGCGACCGGCGACCGUAUUACAUUCGGCCGCCGGCCAAAGAACGAGGCUCCGCCAGACCGAGGACAUGCCCGGAGUUCAACCGCUUGCAAGCGACGUGGCAGGCGCCUGGCGAUGCAACGUCGUCGCCUUCCAGGGAGCGCGGUGCCGCGGGCGACUCGAGCCGACAGCGAAGACGCAGGACCACAGGCGCAGGCAGUGUUUGGCAGAUCGGGCGUUUCCGUGAGCUUCCCGAUGCUGCAGGUGGCACCCGUUCUCGAUCCUCCAACGGCGCGGAAGCUCGGCCAUGGAGGAGGAGCCACCACCACUGGCCCGCGCUGUGGUUCGUCCAGAUGUCGGCAGUCGUCGUCUCGUUCGUGGUGGCCGCGCUUGUCGCCCUAAUGUUCGCGCUGCAAGAGGCAAGGAUGGCGAUGGAAAGGGCACGUGACCUCAGAUGCUUCCUGGACGGCGACGACGACGGCGACGACGACGGAGACGCUGAGGGCGCCAACGGCGUCAGCAGUGUCGCCGCAACCCGCCGACGGCAGGCACCUGACAAGGUGACGGCCUGCUUUCCUGGCGCCAAUCACAUCCCUCUCUGGGGCCGAAUAGAGGACGAGGUGAUGCCAGCUCCAGACCAUGGCUGGCGCUCGACCCUUCCGGUGCGACGUGGCCUGGGCCUCACGGUGCAACGUCGUCGCCUUUCAUGCAGCGCGGUGUCGCGGACGAAUCGAACCGCCAGCGACGACGCAGGACCACAGGCGCAGGCCGUGUUUGGUGGCUUGGGCCUUUCCUUGGCCUUCCCGAUGUCCCAGGCGCCCUUAAUCCAUCCUCCGGAGACAGGGGCACCCGGACGUGUCGGGGGAAGCACCAGCACUGGGGUCCCGAAGGGAGCGAGGAGUGGCCACAGAGGAGGUUGCCAUGCAGAGGCUAUAUCUGCCUGACGUCAUGCUCUCUUCUAGCCUGUUUCCUUCCGCUGUGAUGCGUCAUCGUCGUGCCGCUGUCAUUUGCUUUUGGUGACAAGGAGUGAUGGAAACAGCUGCCUGUAGCAAAGGUGCAGUUCCCAGUACACCGAAAGCGUGCAACGUCGCGACACAUCUGCUGGCGUGGUGCGUUCCUCUGGCAAUUCAAAGCAGAAAAGAAAGAAGAAUCCAAACAAGCAAAAUCUCCACUAAAGUUUAUUCGCGUUCAAAAUUUUUGUCAUACAAAAUUCUUUGUGCGUCAGAAUUGUCAGAAUGUCAGAAUUCUUUG